UGUCUUGCUUUAUGAUUUAGUUCUGCGGGUGAAAUGCAUACUCGAAUGUAUGUCAUGAAUGUGUGUAUCAGCUCUGGAUUUAAGCAUUUUGCAAGCUCUCUCAAUUUUCGCGUGAUGAAUUCUUUAUGAAAGCUGUCCAUCUGUGUGUCGCUGGGAAGUGUGAGACAUGGGGACAGCUAUUGUCGAUCGGUGAAUGAUUUUUUCCUGGAACUGUUGGGUGGUGUUCUGCUGAAUGCAUCGGGACAAGGUGAAAUGUGUUGGAGAGAUGAGUGACGUGGACCCUGACCAAGAAAGAGCCUUGUCGAGGCCCCGGAACGACAAGAGCAUCGGCGACCAUUUGCAUUUCCUCGCGCGCUCCGGCGUCAGCGCACUCACAGAAGAAACCCUGGACUCCUUCCUGGACCUCAUCAAUCAACUAGUGGGUUCUUCGGGCCCAGUAGCACCAGUCGUCGUUGCCAAAGGGAAGCCCAAGCACACGGAACGGGUGUCGUUGUGUUGUACUGUUUGUCGCGGAGUGUUACUCGGUGCCACGGUGUUGUCUUGCGGGAAUGCGUAUUGUCAAAGAUGCGUGAAACGGGCUGUCGGUGUUGGAGGAGAGUCGGAUGUCUUGCAGACGGGUGUCGCAGUGACCGUGAUGGCAAUGGUGGAGAAGCUUUGGGCGCGGGAUUUGCAAUCCGCCAAACUGCGCAACGAGGGCAACCGGUUCUGCGAACAACGCAAGUACGCCGAAGCGUUGGAGUGUUACCGGAAAGCCGAAAACCUGAUUCGAGAUCAUCGACAAGCUAUACCGAGUCCUGAAACCGACGUUGAUGGUGAUGCAGAUCAAUGCGUGUCACGUCCUGACGUCGCAGUGUUGAAUGCUGUCGACCUCGGGGCGUGUUUGUCCAAUAUUUCUCUGGUUUUGAAUCAUCUGAAGCAACCGGAGGAUGCCAUGAAAAAGGCGAAGGAAGCUGUUGCACUUCGACCUUCUUGGUCAAAGGCGCGAUUUCGACUCGCGUCAGCCUACAUGCAUUUGGAAAUGUGGGAACACGCCUUGCAGGCUCUGUUGCUGGUUGGUGUUUUGGAACAGUGUGUGACGAGACUCCGAGGCGAAUUCAAAACUGUGCUCCGGCAGCUCUUGACGGCGGAAGCAGCUGUGAAUGAAAGUCGAAGGCAUUCAGAGGACUCGAAUAAGUCGCAGCUUGACACCAAGUGUGUUGAUCACGAGGAAAAUUCAAAAUUGCGACCAGCAGCGAAGCAGCGACAGGAGAGCAGUAUUCAGUUUCUCUGGGACGGGUGUUUGCGUGAAAUGAAUUGGUUGAAAGAUUCGAUGGAUGCCAUGAAUGAAUCGGAAGGCAACUACUUCCUCUUGCAGUCGGGCACAUUUCCGAAAGGCAGCCAACCGCAGGAAACGAUCCUGGGUUUAAAGGUCGACUCUGGGAGUAUUUCUUCCUCUCUCGCAGACCCGGAACAAGACGGUCCCUUGGACUUGACUGACGUGGAGUGUCCUCUAUGUCUGCGGAUCUUUUGGGAGCCGGUGACGACAUCUUGCGGACACACUUUCUGUCAGUCGUGUUUGUACCGAGCCCUGGACACGUCGGUUGCCUGUCCACUCUGCAAGAGUUCCCUCACACAGAUCUUGGAGCGACAGUACAGUAAUGUGACGACGAAGUUCGUGGAGAUGGUUGCCCGUUGGUUUUUCCCCCGCGAGGUGGAGGAGCGGCGAUUGGCGUACGUGACUCACUUGGGCUUGGUGACUGGGCAAGGGAACGAGUUCCGUUUGCCGUUGUUUGUGUGCGGUGUGGCCCUGCCGGGGCUACUGUGUCCCCUUCACGUGUAUGAGCCGCGCUACCGGCUGCUCAUUCGACGAUGCAUGGAGUCUGGUACGAGGCAAUUUGGUCUGUGUGCUCCGAAUCCGGCCGGUGGCAGCGGAUUCUCUGAUUUUGGAACUGUGAUGGAAAUCCGAGACGUGCACUAUUUCCCCGACGGUCGAAGCAUCGUCGAGACUAUUGGAUCUCGGAGAUUUCGAGUUCUCAGCGCAGACAUGGUUGACGGAUACUACGUCGGAGACAUAGAAACUGUUCAAGACGAAGUCCCGACGAAGGACUCACAAAUUCAAGGCAUGCUGGACGUGACGAGGGACAAAGCCGUGAAGUGGUUCGAAGAGCAUUUUCACGACAAGGCUGCGAUUUACAGUGAAAUCGGGCCGAUGCCGAAACAGGAAAAGGACGCGUGGAAAACGCGAGAUGGCCCUGCGUGGGUCUGGUGGCUCAUUUGGAUUCUGCCCAUUCCUUUGUCCUUUAAGCUGAGGUUCUUGACGAUGGUGUCGCUUGAGAAGCGUCUGAGCGGAAUUCAAGGAAUCAUAAGCGAGCCUUCGUGAAAAAAACGAUUUCGUUUUUUUCCCCCUCUCCUCCCGCGAAUUCUCCGGAGAUAAAUUUCAAUGAAAUUCGCUCGACCCCCGGCUGUGAUUUCCUGCCCUCUGCGACCGACCGACCUCGUCAGCAGCGUCCAGAAGUGUUUUUUCUCGUGUCCAGAUUCGCAUCUCGCACUUGUGCACACAACAACCGUGUUCAGGGUUGUCGACGACGAGACUGUUUUUUUUUAGAGACAGAGAGAGAGAAAGAUAUUUCUUUUCUUUUUCCCUGCCUUUUUAUUCUGUGCGUUUCGAGUGUGCGACUGGAUUUUCUUUUUGAUGCUUCUUGGAAAUUUAUUCCUCGAAAUGGUUCCCGAGGGAAAAGGUGUUGGAUUCAGUGUUUAGCUAACUUACUGAAGUUUUAGUGUGUGCGCUGAGACAAUUUUGAAAUUACUGUGUAUGAGAAUCUACUGUUGGGUGGCUCAGUGCGAGAGUCUCUGAAAACAGGAAAUAUUUUCAGAUCCAGGUUCUUGGUAAAUGAUCACACUUGAUUAGGAAGUCAACCGGUUGAAAUUCAAUGGCUUUUACCCACAUUGAAUAAACUGAAGAAAGGUUAUUGUGAUUUUACAAGUGCAGUGGUAAGUGAAUCUUCUGGUGGCUAAAGUCUUUUAAGAGCAUGAAUAAUUCCCGAAAAUGUCUGCGCAUGUUCUUGAUAAAUGAAAAUUCACUUUUGAUUAGUAGGGAUACCCAUUAACAUUUGUUGGGUGUACUUGAGGUCAUGCAGAAAUGUUGUGAAAUUAUGUGAAAAAUCUACUGAUGGUGUCUCAGGGAAGGAGUCUUUGACCAAAAUAAUAUCUUAGCAGAUCUUCCCAGAUUCUCAAAAAGUUAAAUGAUUGCAAUUUUAGUAAUUCAACCUGUUGAAAUUCAGUGGCUUUUACUGACUUCAAAGAAAGUGCAGGCAGUUCAGUUUAAUUUUACAUGAAUGGUGGCUCAGUGCGAGACUCUCUUGAAGAGAUGAUGAAUUAUAACAUAUUUCUGCAGAGAGGUUCUUGGAAGAUUUGGAUGAAGUAAGAUUUCCCACUAAUACUUGAUGGUUGUACUUGAGGCCAUGUAACAAAAUUUUGGAAUUUCUGUGUACGAGAAUCAAUACUGAUGGUGCCUUAGGGAAGGAGUCUCUGAAAAAAAGAAUAAUGCUGUUGAAAAUCUCUCCAGAUUUUCCAAGUAAAAUUAUCAAUUAAUUAGAAAAUCAUUCUGUUGAAAUUUAAUGGAGUUUCCUGAUCUUGAUUCAAUUGCAGUGUGAUUUUUACAUGCAUGGAAGUCUUCUGGUGACUCAUUGAUGGAGGAUUAAUUAUAACAGUCAUGCAGAAAAAUUUUGAAAUUGUAUAUAAAAAUUUUCUGAUGGUGCCUCAGGGUGAGAGUCUCUGAAAGACACAAAAGAAUAAUAGCACAGCAGAUCUUCCCAGAGUUUUCAAGUGAAUUUAUCAUACUCUCUUAGUCAACCUGUUAAAAUUCAUUGGUUUUUACUGAUGUUAAAGAAAGUGCACUAAGUUCCAUGUGAUUUCACCUGCAUGAGAACCGCAAAGCUAGAAGUUGUUUUACCUGCUGAGGUUCUUGGAAAUUUAACAUACAGUAAGUUUGCCCACUAACAUUUGGUGGGUGUAUUGAUCUUCAAGUUUUUUGUAAUUCUUUGAGCAUUUUUUUUGGCAAAUCAAUGCCAGAGAAAAUUAGUGGGAAGAUGGUACUGAAAAAUUCCUGGAGAUUGAAAAUCCUUUUAUAUUUUAGUCAGUCAACUCGCUAAUGUUUGGUGGGUGUCCUGAGAUCCGAAAAACGCGGAAGUUCAAUUUUUGAUGAGAAUCUACGGGUGAAUUUACUACAAGAACCUCUUUGAACAUUACAAUUAGUGCUAUUUUAUUUUCAUUUUCUGACGCCUUUGCUGAAAUGCGUGAACCUGUGAUUUGUUGUAACUGCCCUGAAUUGAAACCAGUUCUUACUGUCUCGAAAUCCACUGAUUGUGUGAGAGAGAUUAAUUUUAGCUUAGUCCGAAGAACGAACCACUUUUUUUUUAGACUUUUGAGGGAACUGAUGUCUAGUUUCUCAGCAUUCCGUACUUCUGUAGCGAACUUACUUAGAUUUGUCAAUUUUUUGGAGCUUCAGUUGGAAAAAAAACCUAGCUUUCAAAGUGAAAAAAAAACAGUGAUCAGCAUCCACCCGAGAAGGCUUUACUGUGCUGGGUUUGAGAUAGAUCCCUCUUUUUUAUGUUUCCUGAAAAAAAUGUAGAUUUUCUGAAUCCAAAGUUUUUUUUUUCUGACAGUUUUUGCAGCUGAACAGGUUGGAAAAAAAUGUGCUCUCGCAGUGAACGAAUUUAAAUAUUCCGGGUCGACCCUAGUUUGCGCUGAAAAGAAAUUUUCUGGUCAAGAGAACCCAAUUGUUUUUUUUUUUCUUAAAAAAAAUGAUUUGCUGUGAAUGUGAUUUUUGAGGAUACCUGUGGAAAAGAAAAAGGUUGCAAGUUGCUUUUGAGGUCGCGCAAAAGAAUUUGGUCGAUUAUUUUUUUUUUGCACCUCAACAAGAAAGGAAUCUUUCAUUGUGUAUACAGUAUCAUUUAAACGUGUACAACGUGUUGUAAUUGACACGAUGAAAUGUUCAGAUUUGUAUCUAGAAAACCCCCCUCUUUUUUUUCGUUUGUUGUUGGUGGAAUUUUGUUUUUGGUCAGUUGUGUGUUCAGCAAGAAUUUUAUUUUAUUUUUUUUUUCGAGAACCCGUCUUUCCACGAAUGAACCAGUUGUCAGCUCUCAAAAACGGUUGUUGAGUUUCCCGAGACUUGAACAGCUUUUGAAAACCUUUUUUAAUUGAAGGCAGUAAAUAAUGUGUGUAUUGUUCCUGGUAUCGUGUCAGAACGUGUAUAAGAAAGUUAUCUUAUACUCAUUCGGAGAAUGAGAACGUAUGUACUUGUUUAUUGAAACUCGAUUGAAACAGUCCCAAGAAAAUUCAAGGAGUACCUUUUUUUGUUGUCUUUGCCAAAAAAAAGAAAGAGUCACGUGCAGUUAGUCUGAUGAGGUUAGCAAAUCAUGCUCCAAUUUGCUUCAAACAAGAAUUUGCACAGUUUUUUUGGCGUGUUUCUGAAAUUUGUUUGAAUAGUCGGAUUGUGAGGACUCCCAAUUAUUUUUAUUUUUUUGAGUGCCAACUUUCAGACAGACGGUGAUGCAAAUUUUUGUGACUUGGUUUUUUUUUUUUUUUGUGAAAAAGUGUGUGUGUAUGUGUGCUGAAAGUCUUUUUUUUUUUGGUCCACACAACUGUUUCUGCGCAAAGAUGGUUGUGUGUUUUGCUUGAGGAAAUAAGUCAGUGUUGUACAUUGUAUACUGUGUAUGUAAUAAGCGUGUAAGAAUUUCCAUCUUUGAAAAAAGUUGGCAUUUUGUUGUUGUUCUUCAUGCAUGAAUGCUGAACAAGAUGCAUUCUCUAACAGGUAAAAUUAAUUUUUGAAGUGUGCUGUACAGUAUUUACUUGAGUACCAUGUGCGCCUUUUUCUUUAAAUCAAAGAGGUUUACAAUUUUUUCAAAUUUUACAAGUUCAGGUUUGCAGGAAGCUUUGAUUUGAAUGACAAAAAUGUGGGCUCAUUUAAACAAGUGACUUGGAAAAUGAAGCACUUGAGAAUUAAUUGAGGUGAAUAUUCAAAUUCUGAUGUGUUGAGAUUUCAAAAUAUUGAAAGUUUUCAUUCACUAAAAGACUGUGGUUGUGUUAUUUGGGGAUAAGUUUUUCUUGAAAUUUUUGGCAGAAAAAUCAAGGUUUGUGUCUUACUCAAGGGCAAGUGGUACUCAAGUGAAUCAAGGUAGAAUUUAAUUCUGGGAUGAAUUACCAUUGCGCACAUUCCCUGCAACGUUUUGCAAUUUAAUUUGAAAAUAACACAACUGAACAGGAAACUAAAGUUGAGUUGAUUUUUUUUUGAAAAUUAUAUUUUCUGCUGAAUUAUAUUUUUUCGUUUUUGUUCUUAUUUAGUCUAGUUUUGAUACUGUAACUUGAGAUGCUGUAAAUUUUAAAUUAAUUCAGGGCUUGUUGCAGAGAUACUUUUUUUCUGAUUUUUGAAAAAUUCAACAAUUUGGCUAUUGGUUUCUUUGCAAAAACCAAAUCUUCAAUUAUGAAUUAAGCAUCCAUUGUGGUUUUUGAUCACUUGAUUAUUAAUUGUUCUGAUAUCAGGGUUAUGAGUAUUUUUCAAAUUGAACUUGGUCUACUUGCCAUAUAGCCUUUUUUUUGGGAAAUAGGUUUUGAUUAUUUUUUGUUUGUUUUACUGUUCAAAAGAAGUAAUUGAACGUUUAUUUUAGGUAAUUUGGGACGUGUUCCAAUUAUUGAUUUUUUUUCCUGAAUGUGCGUAGUUGAGAAUGUGCGAGUGACUCAUUUUGAUUUCUCACUCUUUUGACCAAUAGGCUGCCUUGUCUGUCAGCAGUUCAGGUGCUUGGGGUAUUUGAAACACCAAGGAAGCCUUUUUUUUCGUGUGUGGCAAAAGUGAUCCAUUUGUGCGGAGAAAAAAAAAAACUCUCGUCCCGAUGUGUACCGCUUUUUUGGAUACUUUUGAUUCGUAUGUCGGGGUUGUUUCAAAAAGGUUAUGAGUCCGAUUUUCCAUUUGAAUCUUUCCCGGUGAAAUAAAAAAAAAAUAUUGGUCAGAUUA